AAAUAAAAUGCCUAAUCGACAGGUGAACAGUUGGAGAUACUCGCGAGUCAUGAUGACGAUGCUGCGAUGUCUUUUAGCCGUAAGCUACCUCUGGGCAAUGGUUAGUGCAGCAGCUGUUGUACCUGUCCUGCAUGGGGAGAAGUCAACGUGGUUAUUUUGGAUGACAACUGUGCAGUACUCGCUGACAUAUACAUCGCUACUGCCAUUCGAUGGAUUUACUCAAGGAUAUAUCCUUCUAGUGGUGAUUCAGAUGUUGACCCGGCUUUAUCAAUGUUGUCGCUGCAGCUUCUUUGGCACAUCAACUAACCAGAAUAAUGUCCAUAAUGCGAAUAUAGGGAAAUACGAUAAACGCCUUCUCACGUAUUUUGGCCCCUAUUUAGUGCUUUUCAUCAUAAGUUGGUUGGCCAGCAUAUUCUACACAUCUACGACUGUGUUGCAAAUUUAUCACCAACAGCCAACUAGAAAUCAAACUGUUCUCUACUGCGAGCUAGCCAUGGUUAUAAUUUUUAAGGUGCUUGUUUUAACCAAUGCGAUUGUUCGAUGUCUUCGCGGCUUGAUUAUUCUUAAACUGUUUAAACUGGAGCCCGAGCGUAAUUUACGCAAUUAUCACAAUUUUGGAGAGCAUUUGAAUUUAUUCUUUCAAUAUUAAAAUUA